GUUGUGCAUGGUCUCUUCUGUGCCUGCCUGGAUGAUCCUGAACUCUCCUCCUGCCACGUGGCUCCACGGUGCAAGCCCAGUGCCUCUGCCCCCUGCAUGCACCUGGCACCCGGCCUCCGGAGGGAGGCAAACUGGGUUCCUAGGAUGGGGAUUAGUGAGGCCCUUUGGCGUGGGAGAGCCACUUGCACACCUGAGCGGCCUCUCAUCCUGGCCGGCAGCUCAGCCGAGCGUCGGCUGCACCCCGGGACGGCACAAAAGGCGAGGGAACAAUGGGAUUUUUGCAAGCGCACAAAGCACCGACGCCAGGCCCGGCGCGGGCAGACGGCAAGCGGCGCGCUCCACGGGGCUGUGUCUGCGCCGGGCCUGCCCGCCACGGCUCUCGCUUUUCUCAUCUCCGCGAGCAAAAAGAAAGAAAGAAAAAAAAAAUGUUUACAGCGAAUUUGCUUUGCUGCGGGAUACGUUAUUUUUACACGUUGCUAUAGCUACCGCUACCAUCAUAAAAUUAAGCUUGAACCUGGUGGAAGAAAUGGAUCUGUCAGAAGCAAUUAUUUAAAAGAGCAAGUUGUUUAUCCCUCGCCCCCUCCUCCCGUCUCCCCUGCAACCGGGCUGCCACGUCUGCCGGCGCGGGAGCUGGGGCUUCUGUUUGCCGCGACGGCAGCGCCAGCAUCCCGAGUAGAGGUGCCGUGCCGGGGGGAGACGACAGACGGCCCCCGACGGCGUCUCCCCCGCCCUGCUGCCACGCCACGGCCUGGUCACCUGCGGGCUCUCCGCUCGCGCCGGGCUCCCAGGCACGUUGAGUCGCCGGGUGAGAAACGUGACGGGAGUUUGAAUCGGGCACCUAGAAGCGCCAGGCUCCUUGUCCUCUGUCUUUGCCAGCUCCCAGUUCACUUCUUCCUGCCCUCUCCUGCAGGCUCCUUUGGAGCCUCCCCUCCCACGCGGCAUCCGCAGGGCAUCCAGGCAGCACUGAAUUUGAGCGGGGUUGGCGCCCAGCGUAGACAAAAGCCCCGUGGCUUCCCCCGUCUGUGCUCAGAACUGAUUUUCGACGCUCCGCCAGGCCUCUCCAUCAGUUUUUGUUUUUUCCUUUUCCCAGUUCUCUAAAUAUU